AUGGAUCUGGUGUUUAACGGUUCCCGUCCGGAGACGAGCUUUCAAAGCUUCUCCGGAUUCGCCAGAAAGAUCUUCGAGAAGCCCGGGGUGGUCAACAUGCCCUGGGCCAAGUGUCUCAAAGGGUUUCUGAAGGAUGGCCAAUAUGACGGCCAGAAUCUAGAGGGGGGUGUUGCGAGGGCAGCUGGGUUCCAGCCGUCGGAUCUUCAGCGCUGA